AGACUUAAGGCUGUUUCACUCACUCUCGCGCGCUUUCUCUCUCUCAUUCAUUCCUACGUGUAGGCUCACACGCCUGCUCUCCUCUCUUUCUCUCUCAGAAUGACAAUUCUAGGUACAGCUUUUGGUAUUGUUUUCUCUUUACUUCGAGUCGUUUCUGGAGAAAGUGGCUAUGCACAGAAUGGAGACUUGGAAGACGCGGAGCCCGACUACUCGUUCUCCUGCUACAGCCAGCUGGAGGUGGACGGCUCCCAGCACCUGCUCAGCUGUGCUUUUGAUGACCCGGACGUCAACAGCACCCACCUGGAAUUUGAAAUAUGUGACGGCCUUUUGGUUGUAGGGUGCCUGAAUUUUAUUAAACUGCAAGAGAUAUAUUUCAUCAAGACAAAUAAAUUCUUACUGAUUGGAGACAGCAAAAUAUGUGUGAAGCUUGGACAAAGGAUCUUAACUUGCAGGAAAAUGAGCAUAGUCCAUAUAGUUAAACCUGAGGCUCCUUUUGACGUAAGAGUCAUCUAUCGUGAGGAAGCAAAUGACUUUGUGGUGACAUUUAAUACAUCACACUUGCAAAAGAAAUAUGUAAAAAAUUUAAUACAUGAGGUAGCCUACCACCAGGAAAAAAAUGAACAUGAUUGGAUGCACGUGAAUUUGUCCAGUACAAAGCUGACACUCCUGCAGAGAAAGCUACAACCUGAUGCCAUGUAUGAGAUUAAAGUUCGAUCCAUCCCUACUGAUUAUUAUAAAGGCUUCUGGAGUGAAUGGAGUCCAAGUUCCCACUUCAGAACUCCAGAGGCCAAGGGCCCAGGAAAGAUGGAGACUGUUCUACUAAUAGUCAGCAUUCUGAGUUUCUUCUCUGUGGCUAUGAUGGUCAUCUUGGCCGGUGUGUUAUGGAAAAAAAGAAUUAAGCCUAUUGUAUGGCCCAGUCUCCCUGAUCAUAAGAAGACUCUGGAGCAACUGUGUAAGAAACCAAAAAAGAAUUUGACCGUGAGUUUCAAUCCUGAAAGUUUCCUGGACUGCCAGAUUCAUAAGGUGGAUGGCAUUCAAGCUAGAGAUGAAGUGGAAGGCUUUCUGCAAGACACAUUUCCUGCACAACUUGAGGAGUCUGAGAAGCAGAGGCUUGGAGGGGGUGUGCAGGGCCCCAACUGGCCAAGCAAGCAUGCAGUCAUCACCCCAAAAACUUUCAGAGGAGAUGCAUCCCUCCAGUGCCUGGCUGGGAAUGUCAGUGUGUGUGGUACCCCUGUACUCCCCCCCUCCAGGUCCCCAGAGUGCAGGGAAGGUGGAAGGAAUGGGCCUCAUGUGUACCAGGGCCUGCUGCUUGGGCCUGGAACUACAAAUGCCACCCUGCACCCUCCAUUUCCUUUCCAAUCAGAAAUCCUGACAUUGAACCCAGCUGCCCAGGGACAGCUCCUCCUCACUCCCUUGGGAUCAAACCAAGAAGAAGCAUAUGUCACCAUGUCCAGCUUCUACCAAAACCAGUGAACUGUAAGAAACCCGGGACUGGAACCAAGUGAACAACAAAAAUGAUUGAGCUCCCACUCUCCCUCACAGCAUGAAGAAGACAAAACUAAUGCAACCCUCUCUGUAACAUACAGGAUUUGGAAUCAUCGCUCCCCCACCUCCCUCCCCACUUUCAGCGCGUGGCAGGAGCAUUCUGCUUCAGAUAUCCAAAGGAUUCAAUUAUUUCAGAAACUACAAAAAGCAGAAAAGAGCAAAAGAAAGGGUGGAGGAAAGGAUGGAGAUGGAGGGGCGAGGAAGGCAGGAGGGAGCCAGGAAGGAAGGUGAGGAGGACAAGAAGAGCUGCUAUUAUAGGACUUGCUGAGUGUCCAGUACUGUGUCGGGCUCAGCAUGUCUCCCUGCAUCCUCACCACUAUCCUGGGAGAUGGGAGCAAUUCUUAUUCUUAUUGUUUUCUCUGUUAUAGAUGAUGAAACUGAGGCUUAAAGUAACUUGUCCAUGCUUCCCACUCAGCCAGGGGAAGAGCCAAAAUUUGAUGCCCAGAGUCUAAGGGCAGUCUCCCUGGAGCCAUGUGCCUUCCCCCUAACUAGGAGUUGUCCCAUUCCUGAGUGCCCACCCUCACUAAUAACAGGAUGACUAUAUAAUUCAAGUCCAAACUGGAUCACUUUUGAAAGUGAAAGAAGUUAUAAAUAACUAGAGGCCUGAUGCACAAAAUUUGUUCAAGAGUAGGCUUCCUUCCCCUGGCUGCCU